CGCCAUGCAUUGUACGUGUUGAAUCAGAAUAAAUCGAUAGUUAAGAGCAUUCCAUCUCCCUAUAUUUUGAAAAGAUGGACCAAGGGUGCCAAAGAAGGGAUUGUGAAUGAUGAAUCUUUGCCACUUGGUCCGUCUACAUUUAAUCGAUUUUGCACAUUAAUGCAAGAAUCUUUUAAGCUGAUGAGUUUGGGAGCCAAAGAUGUAAACACUAUGCAGAUAGUGAGGGAGAAUAUGCAAAUAGCGAAUGCUCAAAUUUCAUCAUAUAAUUCAAGUAUGGCCGUGGCUGAUGAUGCUGGUGAUGAUGGUGAUAAUGAGGCUUCUUUGUGCGAUAUCUCGAUAUUAGACCCCCAUCGAAGGAAAGGAAAGGGAAUCAAUUAUGGAAGACUAAAAAGUUCAACUGAGAAAAAGAAGAAAAAAUCUAUCAAAGGAAUGCCCCCAAUGCAAAUAGACAAUCGAGAGUUGGUUGUUCAAGCAACACGUAGUGAAACUCAUUUUCCAAAUUAUUUGAGUAAUCAAAAUCAGUUUCAAAGUAUCCUUUAUCCCAGCAACAUUGGUGGUCCUACCAUGAAUUUUCAUAAUCAGAUGAAGCAACCACCAUACAUCAUGCCAUCGGGGAUUAUGAACGGAUUUUGCCAAUUUCCUAAUCAGAUGCAAUCAUCAUAUAUCAUGCCACCAAGCAAUUUCAAUGGAUUUUCUCCAUUCACUACUCAGAUGUUGGAGCACAAUAAUAGAUCUCAUGGAACAAUUCUAAGUCAGGGGUCAUCAAACUCUUUUCAACAUCUUGGGAUGAAUGAAUCCGGAGGCCCCUGUGAAAGCACAGAUAAUGCACAAUCGCAACAUAAAUAGCCUAGAGGAACCGUCAUAUAGUAUAGUGCUUGUGCUGUUUACAAGUCUAGCAAAAAGGCAGC